GAUUAAAAAUAUGUCAAAAAUAAAUUCAGUAGUCACGUAGAAAUUGAACUGUAAUUAAAAAAAAAAUGAACUUUCUUAUAAUGUUCAUUUUAAUGAUUUUUUUAACAAUAACAAAUGCACGUUCUGUUUAUUUAAACGAGCCGAAGAAUAAUUACGGAAAUCGCGGGCACUCGAAUUAUCCAGAAGAAAAUCAUUUCAAUAACAAUAAUGAGCAAUCCUCACGGGAUCUAGACUUGUCAUUUUCUCUCGGUGGUGAUGAUGAAAUUGAUAAAACUGUUAGCCCAUUAAUUCAAAAGGUUUACUUACCAGAAUAUCCAGAAAUAACUCGAGAGCUAGAAAACCCAACAGUUUACUAUAAAUUAACACAAGUACCAAUGCCAUUAUUAUCAUCAUCAUCAUCAAAAAGAAUACUUUACGAGCCAGCGAUGCUUCCGUUACAGUACCAACGAAAUCAUAAAUUAAUAAAAUUAAAUAACUCACAGAAAGGUGAAAUUAUUUUAGAAUUUCGUGUAACUGUCAAUAACAAUAAUGCCAGUUAAAACCUUGAAUCCGAUUUUAUUCUUUUAUUCAUUUGAUUAUUAAUUAUUACUUUAGAAUAGAAUACAUAUUGUGAAUUAUAUGGUACGUAUAAGUAAAAUUUUAUAUUAAUUGUAAUUUACAAAAUGGAAUUUUCUUGGUGGUUAAUUUAUGGGAGAUAAAAUUAAAAAAUAAAUUUUCUUUUACUUCUGAAA